ACUACGUUUUGAAAACAUCCCGCAAUCUUAUUUUUAAUAAUACGAAUUCCUACUUAACAAAAAUAAUGUUAAUACUUAUGCAUCGAACGUGCUGAAUGGAUUGUUUAUGUAGAUGGGUUUUCCGUUUUUACUAAUCUGUAAAAUACCGUAAGUGGGCGUUAGACUACGAAACCGUGUACAAAUAAAUGACUAUGAGAAGGUAGUAUACCAAAAAACAAGUUCAGAUAAACAGCUUCUACUUUAUAGAAAAUGGGUUUAUCCAGAGUACUGAGGCAUGUUCAUAGUCAUACAAAUUCGACAGAAGGCGAAGGAGACACAACCGCGGCCAAAACAACUGCCAUGGUGGUUUUAUUCAUGGGGUCCUUCAUCUUAGGCAGCUUGCCUAUCAAACUGAAUCAGUGGUUCCAUUGGAAUUCCGAUACUAAAAAUAAUAUUUACGUUAAAUAUCUACUAGGCUUAGGAGGCGGAGUACUACUAUGUACUACUUUAGUCCAUUUACUACCAGAAGUACGCGAAAGUUUCGAAAAUCUAAAUCUCACUCCCGAUUUCGAGAUUAAUUACGCGGAAUUCUUGAUGUGCGUGGGUUUUUUCAUGAUAUAUUUCGUCGAGGAAUGUGUUCAUUCAUAUAUAGGACAUAAAAAUCAUGAUCAAGAAUCAGUGAAAAUGAAAGACGGAGAUAUUGAAGUAACAGUAAAACAAAAUUUAUCAUUAAAAGAUUCGCCAAUAGACCAACACGAAGAUCAUUCCCAUAUACCAAUAACAUUCGAUACCAAUUCCACAAUCGCCAUUAUCAGAGGGUUAUUAAUGAUCCUAGCAUUAUCCUUACACGCGCUUUUCGAAGGAUUAGCCAUAGGACUGGAAUCUUCUCCGAGGACGGUUUGGUAUAUGUUCGGCGCAGUCAGUGCUCACAAAAUGGUCAUCGCCUUCUGCGUUGGCAUCGAAUUAAUCACAUCCGGCUUAAAAACUUUAAUAGUUUUAUCUUACGUAUUCACUUUCGCCGUUGUUAGUCCCAUAGGAAUGGGAAUUGGUAUAAUUGUAAGUACGGCAGAUGACGCGGAAAAUAAUUUGGUUUCUGUGAUAUUACAAAGCUUAGCUGCUGGGACGCUACUGUACGUGGUUUUUUUCGAAAUUUUACAAGGUGAUAAGAAAAACGGCAUCGUACAGUUCACGUCUGUAUUUUUUGGGUUUUUAAUUAUGUUCGGUCUAUUUUUAAUGGAUCAAUAACAUGAAUCAUCAAAUGUUUUUUAUGCUGAUUCUAUAUCUGCUUUCCGUUUUUCUCUAUCACGUCUAGAUUUUGCACAAUGUCAUAAUCUAAUUUCGAAAAACACGUUUUUCAAUAUCAGUGCACAGAAAUGUAUUAAUGAAAAUCAAUAGUUGACAAAAGAUGAUUUUCUGAUUCAUUUUGAAAAAUAUCACUCCUCUGGGGUGUCUAGGCAAUCUCUCUUGAAAUUCCAGCUACCACAUCAUACCUUGAGAAAGUUUUUACGUUUUGUUGGAAGCAUUUACCAAGCUCUUCACUUUAAUCCCCUAGGUUCUCCGGGAUAUCCAGAAAACAACACAUAACUUUGUCUAAGCUAGUCCAAGCUGAUUUUUCUUUCUGAUUCCUAGUUUUUUCAAAAUUUGCGUCUUCUUUCAAAACUCGGAUUUGUAGACCCACGAAAAUUCUCGCCCUAAAUGUUUUCUGAUGGGAAAUUUUACGAAAUAAACGUACUUCCAGUAGGGAUCUUCUGUUCUGCAAUUCUUACCAUACCAUAGAGAUCCCAGAGAACAUUUACUUUUUUUUCCUGCCUUCCAAAGACUUUAUCCUUCUACAUAUCUGCGAUACCCUUUAUGGGAAGCUCAUAAUUUGUCUAAAAUACAGAUAUUUUCCUAAAUUAUUAAUUGAACUAAUCAACUCGCUAUCGUUUACUGUUUUUUUAUAUGUUUUCGGGACUUGCACAAAAUGUGUGCAGAUGCAUGAUUGAAAAGAAUUUGUACAUUGAGUCUCUGGUUCUUUAGUGGCCAGGAAAUUAUCGAUUUGUGAGUUAACCACACGUGAUAGAAAAAAAAACGGAUUGCAUUUGUGAAAUCAAGGUGAAAAACUUGAAUAUUUAUUUCGAUUUCGUUAUAGACCUAAAUCAAAUCAUAGCAUUUAUUCAGUGACUCUAGAAAUUGGUUAUUUUAUUAUUAUAGAAUAUGUUUUAUUAUGCAUGGUGUUUCAAUGUAAAAUAUCGGUUAUAUCAUAUCGUUCAAGUUAUAAACAAUAAUAAAAUGUUUUUUAGAAAACUCGUAGAGGUUGAAAUAUCAUCUAGAAGGUUUAAAUAUGAUGCUGACGCAAUUUUUUAUAUAUUUGGUACAUUUAUUGAUGUACAAGAUAUAAAAUUUCAUUUGAAUACGUGUAAAAAGCUUUGUGAAACUUAUUUUAAAUACUUUUUUUGUAAUUUAGACUUCAUAUGUUGUUUGUAGUAAGUAAGUAGUUGGAAGGUAAACAAAUUUUUAGUGAAAAAAAAACAUCAGAAUAUGAAAUUAGCAGUACCAAAAGAAUCAAAAAUCCACAUCAGUGACUGUUAUUUUUACGUAAAGACAAAAAUAAGACAGAACCAAUCGAAUAUUCUGAUCUUAUUUCGAAAAUAUUGAAUAUAAACAAUUUGUAGUGUCGCAAAAAUCACCAUAACCUCAUUUUUUAACCUCAAAAGACUUGAAUGACUUAAUAAGAUAUUUAGAUUUGUUUAAGCAAAGGAAUUUAUUCAUUGAUGUCAUAAUGACAGGCCAUUGAAGACGUUUCCUACGUUAUUUAUUAAAAAAACGACAUAAAAAGUUUAUGUGAAUCAAUUAGUUCCAAGUUUAAUCAUUGAUAGCUCUACGAAAAUCUUGAAAGCAGUUUCAAUACAUGAUAGAAAUAAAUUUUCAUCUGUUCUAGUUGUUCUAUAAGAAAACUAUGAAAGUGCGGAAAUUUCACUAGAAGAUUUAAAAUAAAGAAAGUAUAUGUUGAUAUUUUGAGAUGGUAAGGUUCUACAGGGUGGAUAUACGAAAUAAAAGUUUUAUCUCUGUUUGUGGUAUAAUGAAGUAGAUGCUCUAUACUAUAUUCAACGAUUAUGGUCAACAAAAACUCAGUUUGGAAUUGUGAAAUAAAACGUCAAAUGAAAUCCCUUUGCUUAAUCUGAAGAAACUUUCUCCCAAAGGUUAAAAUUUACAAAUAAAAAACUCUAUAUUAUUAAGAAAAGGUUCUUAGGGACAUGAAAGAAACUUUUUUUUACUAUUUUGUAAUUUGAUAGGAUUCAAAAACCUUAUAGAAAAUUUUACUUACAUAAAUUAGUUUGCUCAUAAACAAAAAUUUGAACUAAGACUUUUUCCGAAUAUUGAUCAACCAUUAUCCUGGUUACAAAUGUAAACUUUUUCUGGAUACACAUAAAUUUUUUUGUUAAAAUUCAUGUUGACCUUUUCUAUUAUGGUCAUACAACUUUUGGAUACGUCUUUAUGGGAUAUUUAUAUUUGGUUUUUAAGAUAGUAUAUGAUAUGCCUUUAGAUUUGGGGAAUUUUCCCUUGAAACGCCAUAAAUAUUAUGUAAAUAUGUGCCAUAAAAUUGUUAAUCAUAUCUCCUUUUAUUUGGUAUUAUUUUAUAAUAAAAUUUAUUUUAUU